ACAUGCUCUAAAUGUUCAGUCGAUUUUCAUAUGAAAUCGGAAUAUGAAUCGCAUAUGCAACAGUGGCAUACUACUUCAAAGUAACUACACUUAUCACUUUCUUUUUGAAAAAGUUCUGUGAAUUUUAAUUGAAUAAAUGUAUCAGCAAUGUAAGAGUGCUUCUAUUUUUACAAACCAUUUGAACAUUUUUAUCGUGAAACAAAAACCUUCCAAACAUCCCACUAGGUGCUUUAAAUACUUUGUUAUAUCACAAUUAUUUGUUGAUUCCGACACUGCCGGUGAUAAGGAUUGGGCGAAAAUAGCAGAAAGACGCGGUCGAGGACCCCUAUUGAGAGACAAUUCCAUUAAAAUUCUCCAAAACUCAACAAUGUUUGUCUUCCAGUGGCACAAAAGUAGAUUUACCUGUUUCCUUUGCAAGGCACCGUUCAUAGAUAUACAAUCAUUGAGAGAUCACACUAAGGCAGAACACGAUGGCGUUGAGAAAUGUAAAAUAGAAAAGAAGAUAAUAGCCCAACAAAAUAAACUGCUCAAAGUGGAAAUAUCUAUUCUGAAGUGUAAACAGUGCGAUGGGGACUUCAAGACGCUUUCUGAUUUCCGUCUUCAUCUGGAGGAGCAGCACGAGGUGGAAUUCAAAGAGGGCGGCGAUUUGCUGGUGCCGUUCAAGUUGGAGAGCGAAGGUCUCAAAUGUCAAACGUGCAGAGAAAGUUUUACAUUGUUCAGACUCCUCAGCAUCCAUGUGAACAAGCAUUACCAGAACCACGUGUGUCACGUCUGUGGAGCUGGUUUCACAAGUUUGGUGCUGCUCAACCUCCACAGAACGAGAUCGCACAGGCUGAUAAAAUGCAACGAGUGCAAUUUGAUAUUUCAUAAUCGUAAGGGCAAAAAAAUACACGACAUAGACCGUCACAACGUAAGAUUCGAACGCAAGCUUCGUUUCCUGUGCCCGUACUGCGAUGAGAGGUUCUUUCAAGAGAAUCUAAAAAUACAACACCUGGUCGACAAGCAUGGCGUUGAAAAACCGCAGCAUAGAUGCAAUUUAUGCGACAAAGUCUUUAUAACCAGAAGCCUCUGUAACAAUCACAUCAAAAAUGUCCACAAAAAAGAAAAAAAACACGUAUGCGAUGUAUGCAGUAAGCUAUUUUACACGAAAUCCGACGUGCAAAGACACAGAGUGACGCACACGGGCGAGAAAAAGUUCACCUGCCUGGUCUGCAAUAACUUGUUCGCAACGAGAGACUCACUGAAGAGGCAUACGAAAAGGACCCACGUUGAGAAUUAAAAACUAUACUCAAUA